AUGACGAAAGGACACGUCACAGAGGGCGGAAUUCGAUGUCCAGCUAUUGUACACUAUGGUCCACUGACGUCGACAUCGAGAAGAAUGUCGCAUGAAUUUUGUACUGUCAUGGAUAUCCUACCUACGAUACUCGAAUUAGGCGGUCUGACACAUCCAGGUACAACCUUUCAAGGUCAGCAAGUCGUUUUGCCUCGCGGAAAGUCUUGGGUGUCGCAUCUUCACUCGCAUCAACCAAUCCAUGAUGAAUGCCAGGAUUUCACCGGUUGGGAGCUCUUCGGCGAACGGGCAAUCUGUCGCGGAAACUAUAAAGCUCUUUAUAUCCCAAAAGGCCCACUUCCAGAGGAGACAAAAUGGGAAUUGCAUGAUUUGACACAUGACAAGGGCGAAUCGAAAGAUUUGGCAGAAGAGAAGCCGGAAGUGUUGAAAGAACUGAUUGAACUAUGGGUGAAGUAUGAAAGUGAAACAGGUGUAAUCGUGGCGCCGGAUCCGUAUGAAGUUGACUACGACGUAUUUGGACCAAGAAAUAGUACUCGAAUAGUUUUUCUAUAG